AUGCCCUUUGGAACAAAAAAUGCACCAGCAUUCUUUCAACGAACAAUGGAAUUCAUACUAAACGAUGUAAUAUUCGAAGAUUGGAUACAUAUAUACAUAGAUGACAUAACAAUAGGAGCCAAUAACGAACAAGAAACAAUCGAAAGGAUGAACAAAGUACUACAAUUAAUUAAAAAAGAAAACUUAAAAGCAAAAUUAUCCAAAUGUCACUUCAUGAAGACAAAAAUUGAAAUAUUAGGAUGGACUAUAACAAAUAAACAAGCAAAAAUUACGCCUGGGAGAAUAGAAGCAAUCUCUAAAUGGGAGUUCCCUGAUACAAAACAAAAAAUAUCCAAAAUACCCACAUUUCUAGGAAUAGUAAACUAUCUCAGUAUCCACAUCCCAAACGCAGCACAACUGACUGAACACUUACGAAAAUACCAGAAAAAUCCUGAAAACGAUGCGUUAAAAACAAAAGCAUUACAAGCUUUCAACAAAAUAAAAGAAAUAAUAACCAGUGAACCAAUAACCGUACACAUAGAUUGGACACAACCAUUAGAAAUAUACACAGACGCUUGCGACUCAGGAGUAGGUGCAAUAUUAUGA